AUGAGAAAAAUCGACUGGCACGUGGUCCCAUGGCUCGCUCUCCUCUACUUGUUGAACUUCCUGGACCGAGGAAGCAUCGGCAAUGCGAAGUUGUACGAUAUGACGCAGGAUCUGCAUAUUACGGACAAGCAGUACCUUAUCGCUUUAACGGUGUUCUUCUUUCCAUACGCUCUCUUCGAGCCUCCAAGCAACGUCGCUCUGAAGAAGCUGCGUCCGUCGAUGUGGUUGUCAUUCAUUAUGCUAGUCUGGGGCAUUGCAAUGACGCUACACGGCGUAGUCACAAACUACGCCGGUCUUGUCGGCCUGCGGUUCCUGCUGGGACUGGCUGAGGCGGGCUUGUAUCCCGGUGUCAUUUUUUACAUGACGUGCUGGUACAAGAGAGAUGAACUUGGCUCCCGCGUGGGGGUGUUCUUCUCCUCGGCGACCAUCGCAGGCGCAUUCAGCGGUCUCCUCGCUGCGGCAAUCUCCAAGAUGGACGGUAUCGGGGGGAAACCCGGAUGGGCGUGGAUCUUUAUCCUCGAAGGGCUUUUCACCAUCAUCUGCGCCAUCGCUUCCUUCUUCAUACUGUCUGACUUCCCGGACACCGCCAAGUUCCUCACCGAAGCCGAACGUGUUUGGGUUGUUCGUCGCCAACAGGCAGACAUGAAGUUCAGCGCGGCUGGGGAACCAUUCAAGAUGAAAUAUAUUUGGCAAGCUCUGGCGGACUGGAAGACGUGGUUGGCGAUGGGUAUUUACAUGGGAUUCGACGGGCCUCUCUUUGCCACGGCAGCAAACUUACUUUCGGUGCCAGUAUAUGCGUGGGGCUGUAUCAUGACCGUCAUCGUCGGCUUCUGGGGCGACCGGGCGAAGACUAGAGCCUGGGUCAACUUAGCUCUUUUCAGCAGCGGUCUAAUCGGCUAUAUCAUUCUCAUUUGCUCGUCGAACCCGUCUCUAUCGUACUUCGCCGUGUACCUCGCGAUCUCCGCGUGGGUGUCGGCAAACGUCGAAGGCUCGUACAAACGCAGUGCCGUCCUCGGGAUGGCCAUCGGUUGGGGCAAUCUGAACGGCGCCGUAACGUCCAACGUCUACCGUGCUGUCGACAAGCCCUGGUAUCGCCUAGGCCACGGCAUCGUCCUCGCCUAUAUCGCCAUCGGGUGGCUGUCCUCUCUUGCGUUGUAUUUCUUGCUCAAGCGCGAGAAUGCCCGGCGUGAAAGGGGAACUCCCCAACGGGACGAGGUCGUCGAAGGCGUCGAGAGCAAGACCGCUCACGAGCGGAAUGGCAUUUUCCCGAGCGUGCAGGCGGCGAGGAUGGAAAAAGGAGACGCAUGGAGCGGCUUCCGAUACACAUUGUGA